CACCUCUAUCUCGCUCUCUUCUCACACGCUGAGGUUUGGGAUCUUCUGCAAAACGGGAAACAUACACUAGUGAAUAGUAUUUAAUCAAUGUUUACCAAAAUUGACCUAACAAUGUAUUGCAACAUUCUCACCACUAAUAAUUUCAUUUGAUGAGGUGGCAUUACUCAAAAUAGUAUCAAGAGACUUAUUAACAUUGAAGUCACACUUCAACACAGUUUCCACAAGAAUUUUUUCUGAGAUACUAUCUCCAAUAACAUUUCGAAUUUCUUCCAAACAGGAUCGUAACUUUGCUUCUUCUAAAUCACUUAAUGUUGGUCGAAUGAAACAAUCUGAAUUUUUUCUGUCAUUAGUUUGCUCCAGGCUCUCAUCUUCCUCUGUUAUGUUGUCUUGCUCACUAAAGAAGGCUGAUAUUUGUGGCUGCCUUGUGCGGUCGAAAACAAACUCACCAUCACUAGGAGAUAUGCAGUAUUCAUCUUCCACAGAGUGACCGUACACGUCAUCAUAACCAUCAUAUUCAUCACUGUAGUUCAUAGAACGAACGUUUCUGUGACGUGCCAUGAUGAAACAUUACGUUACCAUUAAAAAUAAACAAUCCUUCGUAUUUACUAUAAUUUUUUUUAUUUGGAAAAUGUCUGGUUGUAACGCGAUAAAUACAAUCGAAUACACUACAAAAGCUCACUAAUGACUAGUUCGCUGCUAGUGUUGGACGUUCCCUGACAAAUACCACAAGCAGGCCAGAAGAAUCGAAAGAGUCCAUGAUCAUGGUGUCUGCAUGGUGCUGCGGUCAACGCAAAUUUUGGACAUUAUACGAGCAUGCCCGAUUCACUACGAAGGCCGCCGAUGUGCAAAUGUAGCUGUUAUCUGUUUGUGUUCGCCAUGAUGUUGCUGUGAAAUUGUAGUCUAAAAUAUUCAUCCCGAUGUUGGACUUAGGCCUUUAUCAAUGUAAUAAUUACACUUUCAACGAGAAGGGAACCCAGGGAAACAUUUCGUGGAUACCAAAGAAAGCUUCAAACGUGUUUGAAGCUUUCGAGGCCGUAUUCAUGGAACUAUGAACCUGGACUCGUUGUCUUUUACCUUGUCACAAAUAAGUUAUUUGGUUACAAAUUUAACAAAGAAAAAUUUUAAACAAAGUUCUCAGGAAUUAUCUAAUUUGGUUACUGCACACGGUCUUGAAGCAGAUAGACAUUUGCUGCGUUGUCUCUUCUCACACAUUGACUUCAGUGCUGAGGGAAGUAAAAGUAGCAGCAAUAAAGACUUCCACCAGAUCCUGCUUCUCGGCCAGGAGUGUUCAGCCUUGUUAACAAAACCAACAUUAAUUUCUAAUCUUUGCUACGCUAUUGACAACCCCUUACAUCACCAAAAAACAAUAAAGCCUUCACCGCAGCUUCUGCCACAAAUAAGCAAAGUUUUAAAACUUACACCUGUUCAAGAAGUUGUUUUCAGUUUAGCCCUACUUAGUUCUUCCAAUCCUGAUACUCACAACAUUGCCUUCCAGUUUGUAAAACAAAGACUUCCUGAUCUAAUUCAUUCAUACAUAGACACAGAAAGCAGUAAUAGUCAACAAGAAGGAGGACUUCACGACGCAACUCCAGACGUUUUGCAUUUGAUUCUUACAAAUCUCCUGUUUGGCCCCAAGGAUUUUGGCGUAUCAGCUGAAACAAAAGAAACCUUUCUGAAGAAUUUGAGACGAGAUUUUCCUAGAGAGCUUGUGCCUGUGGUGUUAGCACCUCUCUUAUAUCCUGGUAAUACUGAUCUGCCUAUGGAUAAAGUAAAUCAGGAGAGCUCAACAAUGACAAAUAACAUGAUGGAAAGUUCUCUGGCUGAUUUGUUGAUGGAGUUGGGUUAUGGCUGUUGCUCCUCUCUAGAAGAGUGUCGCAGUGCAUUGGUUAACAUGGGUGCUGGCCGAGAAAUUUCCCCAGCAGCAGUAGCUCGCGUGCUGGGAAUGAUGAUUCGAAAUCACACUGGGCUGGACAGUGUUGACCAAGUGCAGCUGCAGACUCCCACCAAUUUCUGGGGCUCUGGCAACAGCGGUGACUCUUCUUCAAUUAACAAAGACAAAGGAGGAAAUGUGCAAGAUGGCAAUCAUCCUACAACCUGGAAUAUUGAAAUUUUUGUUCAAACUUUGAAAGAGUUGGUUCCUAAUCUACCUUGGAAUGAAGUUGUUUUGGAGCUUGAUCACCCUGACUUUCUUGUUAAAGAUCGGCAAGGUUUGUCUCUGCUUCUUACAGCAUUUCGUCUUGGCCUGCCAAGUCAAAAUUUUCAUCCUGACUUGUAUCCUCUUAUUGAAGUCACAUACCAUCAUUGGAAGAAUCCAGAAAGUCAGUUUUCAUUUGUGCAACAAAUUUUGAAAAAUCCUGACCUUAUUUGUUAUGCUGAUUAUCCCUUCCACUCUGUUAAUGUGGAUAUUUUGAAAGCCUCUCCUGAAAGCGACAAUAAAGAAAUUACAAUGUGGCGAUCAUUGGAUCUUAUUGAAACAUUACUCCAUUUGUCUGACCGAGGACUUUACACCCAAGUUCAAGAGUUGUUUAAAUUUCCAAUCCAACAUUGUCCUGAUGUUCUUGUAUUAGGACUUCUCCAUAUUAGUCCACCUAUUGCUGGACUUUGUCAUGAUCUACUUACUAAUCUUAUUCCCGUGUUUUUGGGCAAUCAUCCAAAUUCUGCUAUUAUUCUUCAUCAUGCUUGGCAUUCCCAGAGUAUCAAUAUAAAACAAAUAAUAAUGCAUGCUAUGGCUGAGUGGUACAUUAGAGGUGACAACGACCAAACUCGUCUCUCUCGGAUUCUUGAUGUUGCUCAGGAUUUGAAAGCUUUGUCAAUGCUUCUUAAUGCUCAGUCUUUUCCAUUUGUCAUCGAUCUUGCCUGUUUAGCCUCAAGAAGAGAAUACUUAAAACUUGAAAAAUGGAUUACUGACAAAAUACGUGAACAUGGAGAACCAUUUAUAUCAGCAUGUGUAAAGUUUUUGCAGCGGAGAUGCCCACAAAUUAUGGGAAAUAUUGUGAAAGAAGGUGAAAAUUUACCAAAAGGAGCUCAACUUCCACAUGAAACACUUACGACAAUGCUAGCAUGUUUACAAGUUUGUGCUGGGAGUGUUUCUCAAGAACUAUCUGAAGCAAUUCUGACAAUGGUGGCGAACUGUAGUAUCCUCUUGAGUAAACCUCGACAACCACCUCCUGGAGUACUGAGAACUCACCGGGGCAUAGAGCCACCUUUCAAUGCAUCAUCUUUGGGAGGACAGUUAUUCUCUGCUUCACAAGUUGAUCCUAUUGCCAACAUUGGAUCUAGUCUUGCCAACAUCAAUUUGACUGGGGCUCCUGGAAGUCUUGGACCUCCAAGCAGCACAGCCUUCAACUUACCUGCAGCUCUGGGGCCUUUAGUGUCAACACCUGGUUCUCCCUCCCGUCUCAUGGGUCCCAAUGCCCCUGGACCGUCUCAGAGCCCAUUCCCAAUGAUUCCCUUGGGCUCCCAGUUGCAACAUUCAGGGCCUGUAGGCACUCAGGUGGGUCCAGGACCCUCAGCCACAUCAUUGGUUCCAGGCAUGGGAGUGAGCACAAUGAAUGCCUUGGGUCGAAGCUUGGCACCUCAGCCUGGAGUGGAAAAGACACGACUUGGAGAUACAUCUACACUUUUUCCAGAAAUGUCUGGGACAGUAUCCAAAGAAGUUGAGGAUGAAGCCAAUAGCUAUUUCCAGCGAAUUUAUAAUCAUCCCCCUCAUCCAACUUUAUCAAUUGAUGAAGUUCUUGAUAUGUUAAAAAAGUUCCAAGAUUCUCCCAACAAGCGUGAAAGGGAAGUAUUUAACUGUAUGCUUCGGAACCUCUUUGAAGAAUAUCGAUGGUUCCCUCAAUAUCCGGAUAAAGAACUUCACAUCACUGCACAGCUCUUUGGAGGGAUUAUUGAGCGUGGCCUUGUGAGCAGCUACAUGGCACUUGGCUUGGCACUUCGCUUCGUUUUGGAUGCAUUACGAAAAACUCAGGGAAGCAAGAUGUACUAUUUUGGCAUUGCAGCUUUGGAUCGAUUCAAAUCUAGGUUGAAGGAUUAUCAUAAAUACUGUGAACAUGUGGCAGCUAUUGCUCAUUUCAAUGAAUUUCCUCCUCAUUUAAUAGAGUAUGUGGAAUAUGGUCUGCAAUCUCAAGAACCUCCCAACAGACCUCAAGGCCCAGUGCUGCCUGCUAAUUUGAUGGGCAUUUUGUCACCAAUGCCUGCAGUUACAACAGCUUACAAAACAAUGACAUCUACUACAAUGACAACUACCACAACUAUUGCUAAAUCUACUACAACAACUACAUCUGCAAUUCCAGCAAGGCCAUCUAUUGCAAAUGCCACAAAUAUUGAUACAUUGCUUGUUGCUACUGAAAAAGAGGAAAAAUUCACUGCACCACCUGAAGGACUGCAAGACAAAAUUGGUUUUGUUUUCAACAACUUAAGUCAGCUAAACCUCCAGACAAAGUGUGAUGAGUUGAGAGAUAUCGUGACUGAAGAAUAUUGGCCUUGGAUGGCUCAGUAUUUGGUGAUGAAAAGAGCUAGCAUUGAAUUGAAUUUCCACACACUGUAUUCCAAUUUUUUGGAUUGUCUUAAAUUACCAGAUUUGAAUCAUUUAGUUCUUCGUGAAACAUUCAGAAAUAUCAAGGUUCUUCUGAGGAGCGACAAAGGUAUAGCAAAUUUCUCGGAUCGAUCUCUUCUGAAGAAUCUUGGCCACUGGCUGGGUAUGCUCACUCUGGCCAAAAAUAGGCCCAUUCUUCAAGAAGAUAUUGAUUUGAAAUCUCUUCUAGCAGAAGCCUAUCAUAAAGGACAACAAGAAUUACUGUAUGUUGUUCCUUUUGUUGCGAAAGUCUUGGAAUCAUGUGCAAAAAGCAAGGUUUUCAAGCCACCUAAUCCAUGGACAAUGGGGAUUAUGAAUGUACUUGCAGAAUUACAUCAAGAACCAGAUCUUAAACUGAAUCUCAAAUUUGAAAUUGAAGUACUUUGUAAAAAUUUAAAUAUUGAUGUUGCUUAUUACAAGUUUUUAAGUGAUUUGCAGAUCACUUCUUCGAACACGAUUCCCGGACCUGCUUCAUCUGAUGAAUUGGCUCAGAUCGCAAUUUCAUCAGCUGCUACACCACCUACUUCAGUUGCACCUACAAAUACAACACCAACAUCGAAUCUUCCUUCAGGUCCCCCAGAUCCACGAUUCAGUUACAUGGACAUCAAUGUAACUGGAAUUGGAAGCCUUGCUCCACAUGUGACAGUUAAUAACCAAUUGGCGCUCUUUCAAGCUCAUCCUCAGUUGAAACAGUUUGUCCGUCCAGCUGUAGAAAGGGCUGUGCAGGAAUGGAUUCAUCCUGUUGUUGAUCGCUCCAUCAAAAUUGCCUUGACAACUUGUGAGCAGAUAGUGAAGAAGGAUUUUGCAUUGGAUCCUGAAGAGUGCCGCAUGCGAGCUGGUGCCCACCACAUGGUUCGCAAUUUAACAGCUGGGAUGGCUAUGAUCACAUGCAGAGAUCAGCUUUUAGUAUCAAUCAACAAUAAUUUGAAGACAGCUUUCCUCUCAGCUUUGCUGGGUGCUACUCCCCAACAGAAAGAAAUGAUUGAAAUAGCCGCUCAACAUGCUGCUCAGGAUAACAUGGAGUUGGCCUGUGCUUUUAUUCAGAAGACAGCUAUAGAGAAGGCAAUACCUGAAAUAGACAAGCGUUUGCUUAAUGAAUUUGAAUUGAGGAAGCAUGCUCGCAAUGAAGGAAGGAGAUAUUGUGAUCCACUUGUCCUGACCUAUCAAGCAGAACGUAUGCCAGAGCAGAUACGACUCAAAGUUGGAGGAGUGACUCCUCAGCAGAUGGCAGUUUAUGAAGAAUUUGCUCGUAACAUUCCUGGCUUUCUUCCCUUAACUGAGCGAGAUGCUGCAAUGUUUAUUCCAAAACCUGUAACAACUUAUGGAAGUGAUGAGAUUGGCACCAUGUACGAUAAACUGGUAAGUGAAGUAGAGCAUUUCCUCCAGCCAGUUCUUGGAUCUCAAGGUGUGAUCUCAUCAAGUUGCCAUGUUAAUAACCUUCACAAGUUGCUUGAAGCUCUUCUUAUUGCCCGAAGAUCAAGAGAUGUUAUGUCGGCUGUUUCUCUGUUGCAAAAGGCUGUUGAAGGUUUGAUGGAUGGCUUGGUUCAAACAAAUAAUAAUACUGAUCAAGAACUAAUGCUAACCUACAGAGAAAUUCAUCUUAGGGUUUUGAAAACUUUGCAAGAUCCACGUGCAUAUGGCAUUCAGUGGACAAACAAGCAAGUCACUAGGUGUUUAAUGGAGUGUCGAGAAGAGUUUCGUUAUAAUCUGGAAGCAGUUGAUACCCUAAUCCGAGCUCAUUUAGUUAACAUGCAGCAGUAUGAUUUACAUCUGGCUCAUGCAAUGGAAAGUGGUUUGAACUACGUGGCUGUUGCAUUUGCUAUGCAGUUGGUCCAGACUUACCUAGUUGAAGAACGACAUAAUCCAAGUAUAACCGAAAACGAUUUGUACAACACAAUUGAGAUGUUGGCUCGAAUUGCAGCCCAUUCCAGGCAGCCACCAGAUGGGUUGACUACUUUAAUUGAACUACUUCGAGCUAAUCACGAUCCUGCUUUGCUUGUGGAUCGUGCCCAAGGAGGUCCCACAGCUCAUAUCCAUUCGGGCAUUUUGCAAGUCAGGGCUCGGGAGUAUGAGGAUCCACCGGGAUUGUUGGAAAAGACGGAAUAUUUGCUGCGAGAUUGGGUGAGCAUUUAUCACACUUCUACUACAAGUCGUGAUCCAACAAGAGCAUUUAGCCUAUUUGUUCAACAAAUGAAUGGCCAUGGUAUAUUGAAGACUGAUGAUCUGAUUACAAGAUUCUUUAGAUUGAGCACACAAUUAUGUGUUGAUCUUUGUUAUCGAGCACUAGCUGAACAGACAACUUCUCCUACAUUAGUUCGAGCCAAAUGUUUUCACACCUUGGAUGCAUUUGUGCGUCUGAUUGCAUUGUUGGUGAAGCACUCCGGAGAUGCUGCAAAUACUACAACAAAAAUCAAUCUACUUAACAAGGUAGAUGAUAAGGUGUUAGGAAUAGUGGCAGGAGUUCUCUUAACUGAUCAUGAUAAUAGAAUGUCAGAUUUCCAACAGUUACCUUAUCACCGAAUAUUUAUUAUGCUGUUUUUGGAACUGAAUGCUCCAGAACCUAUUCUUGAUACUAUUAAUUACCAGGUACUGACAGCUUUCUGCCAUACUUUACACAUUCUUCGACCUGCCAAGGCUCCAGGUUUUGCUUAUGCUUGGCUGGAACUUGUAUCACAUCGUGUGUUCAUAGGACGAAUGUUAGCAAUUACUCCUCAGCAGAAGGGUUGGGGCAUGUACGCUCAGCUUCUUAUUGAUCUCUUCAAGUUUUUGGCUCCAUUCUUGCGAAAUGCGGAACUGGCCAAGCCAGUUACUCUUUUAUACAAAGGCACAUUGAGAGUGCUGCUUGUUUUACUGCACGACUUCCCAGAAUUUUUGUGCGACUACCACUAUGGAUUUUGUGAUGUUAUUCCUCCAAAUUGCAUCCAGAUGCGUAAUUUGAUUCUAUCAGCUUUCCCGAGAAAUAUGAGGCUACCAGAUCCCUUCACUCCAAAUUUAAAAGUGGAUAUGUUGCCAGAAAUAACUCAUGCCCCAAGAGUUCUUACAAAUUUUGCAUCAAUGAUUCAGCCAAUGAGUUUCAAGAAGGAUUUGGAUUCUUACUUGAAAGCUAGAGCUCCUGUCACUUUCCUCUCUGAAUUGAGAAGCAAUCUUCAAGUGUCAAAUGAACCAGGAAUGUGUUACAACAUACCACUGAUGAAUGCUUUGGUCCUGUAUGUUGGUACCCAAGCCAUAUCAUUCAUUCGUAACAAAGGUUUAACUCCAAAUAUGUCAACAAUUGCACAUUCUUCACACAUGGACAUAUUUCAGAAUUUAGCUGUAGAUCUGGAUACUGAAGGUCGAUACCUCUUCCUGAAUGCAAUUGCCAAUCAGCUGAGAUAUCCUAAUAGCCAUACUCAUUACUUUAGCUGCACUCUUCUGUACUUGUUUGCUGAGGCCAAUACUGAGGCAAUCCAAGAACAAAUAACAAGGGUAUUACUUGAGCGCUUAAUUGUGAACAGACCUCAUCCUUGGGGUUUGUUAAUCACAUUUAUAGAACUAAUAAAGAAUCCAACAUACAAAUUUUGGAAUCAUGAAUUUGUUCAUUGUGCUCCUGAAAUUGAAAAAUUGUUUGAGUCUGUUGCUCGCUCCUGUAUGGUGCAGAAGCAGGUACAGCCAUCCCAAGAAAAUGACAUGCCUGAGUGAUAGAGUAUGAUACAAGACAUUGCUACAAGUUAAAAUUCUGUAGCAGUUUCUUUGAACUGGGAGAGGAUGUAUGGUUCUUUAAUAUGUUUGAAUGAUUGCACAAAGUCUAUUGUACAUAAUGAACAGGUCUAGUCUAGACAAAGAAAAGAAAUAUGCUUUACUAUAUUUUUUCUAUUUGUAGAGAUUAAUUUUGAUUUGUAUGAUUUAUUUUUAAGAUACUGAAGUGAGCUCUCAGGCACUGGUUGUAGAUGGUCACUUGACUGGAAUGUUUAAUUUCAAAAUAAGACUUUCUUUUAAAUUUAAAAAGGUUGAUUUACAAUAUACAUUGGGAGUUCCACCAUUUGUGUUUUGGGCAUUGUCAUUUUAUUUGUUUCACUAUCUUAAUACUUUAAGCCAACUGUAGAAAUCUGUUCCCAAAUGUCUCUCUGCAUAGGACAUAUCAUGUGUUUUAAUGUUAAUUGCCACCUUCCAGAGCCAUAUUAAGUAUGAAUCAGCUGUGUUGUUUCUUGUAUCAGUUAAUUAUCUUAAGAGGACAAAAUUGUAUAUUUUUGUUUACAUUGUGUUUAUAUUUUCAUUCUGAUGCGCUUCUUCUUAUUUAGUAGGUAAAGAUCUUUGUUAUAAUAUUCUGUAGUGUAUUUGAUAUGUGAUAAAGAGCAUCAUUACAUGUUUCUAGGCUGUGACAUGAUGCAUACUUUGGUAUCCUUCCUGCCUUGUUUGCAUCUGGUGAAAUAAAUGUAUUUAUCAAGAUUUCAGGUGUAACUAUAAUUUGUGAAUAUUGAGGUAACAACUAGACUACAGAAAAAUGACAUACAAAGUAAAUGUGACUAUGAACAUACAAUUCGUCGUGAAAUUCACAGUUCUGAUCUUAAAGUUAUUGUUAAAAAGGUGAAAGAAAAUAGGAAGAUGUCUUCUAUUGUUUUGGGUUUUGUAAAUACAAUUAAACUUGGUUUCGAGUAACAAAACCAUUAAAUAUGCCUUAAGUACAUCAACACCUAUCAGUGACCUUUCAAGAGGAGGCUGCAUUUAAUAUGCUGAAUACCUUUUAUAGUAAAACGUACUACAUAGUAAGUCCUGCCAGUGUUGUAAUUUAGUAAUCGUUUGUAUAGUUCAAAAGCACUGACAGGAUAUUGUGUAAAUACACUUAAGUUUUGUGAUUAUAUUGAUACAAUGGGAAUAAAGAAUCAGUUCACAAAUA